UUAUUUGGGACAAGUAAACCGGUAGCGUCGUGGCAGAUACCUGAAUUUUGAUUCAUCUGCAAAAAUUGAUCGUAGAAGAUCAAACCUUUCGUCUUCAUCCUCUGAUUACUGCAAAUUCUAAUUUUCCAAUCUUCAUUGUCAAGGUUCUCGCAUCACUUCUUGAUCAUAUCAUCAGACAAAAAUGUACGGGUUCGAAGCUAUGACAUUCAACAUCCAUGGGGGUUACCUCGAAGCAAUUGUCAGGGGCCACAAAUCUGGUUUGUUGACCGCUGCUGAUUACAACAAUCUCUGUCAAUGCGAAACCCUCGAUGACAUCAAGAUGCAUCUCUCCGCUACUGAAUACGGACCAUAUCUUCAAAACGAACCUUCACCUCUGCAUACAACCACAAUUGUAGAAAAAUGCACUCUUAAAUUGGUUGAUGAGUAUAAGCACAUGUUAUGCCAAGCCACCGAGCCUUUGUCAACCUUCCUACAGUAUAUAACAUAUGGUCACAUGAUUGACAAUGUUGUCCUCAUUGUUACUGGAACUCUACAUGAGAGAGAUGUUCAAGAACUAUUGGAGAAAUGCCACCCUUUGGGGAUGUUUGACAGUAUUGCCACCCUGGCAGUUGCUCAGAAUAUGCGUGAGCUCUACAGACUGGUGCUUGUGGAUACACCACUUGCUCCAUACUUUUCUGAGUGCAUUACAUCAGAGGAUUUGGAUGAUAUGAACAUUGAGAUUAUGAGAAACACCCUUUACAAGGCAUAUCUUGAAGAUUUCUACCAGUUUUGCCAGAAACUAGGUGGUGCCACUGCAGAAAUAAUGUCUGACAUUUUAGCCUUCGAGGCUGAUAGAAGAGCUGUUAAUAUCACCAUAAACAGCAUUGGAACUGAGCUCACUCGAGAGGAUCGUAGAAAGUUGUAUUCCAGUUUUGGAUUACUCUACCCUUAUGGCCAUGAGGAGCUUGCUGUAUGUGAGGAUAUAGAUCAGGUCCGUGGUGUGAUGGAGAAAUAUCCUCCAUAUCAGCAUAUAUUUGGUAAGUUGUCUUAUGGAGAGAGUCAGAUGCUUGAUAAGGCAUUUUAUGAAGAGGAAGUGAAACGACUUUGCUUAUCAUUUGAGCAACAGUUUCAUUAUGGUGUGUUUUUUGCAUACAUGAGGCUGAGGGAGCAGGAGAUUAGGAACUUGAUGUGGAUAUCUGAGUGUGUGGCUCAAAAUCAGAAAUCUAGGGUUCAUGAUAGUGUUGUUUUCAUAUUUUAGUCGCUCAUUAUAUUGUUGUUAUCUUGUUGCGUUAUAUUUUUUAUUUAUUGAUUCAAAUGUGGUCUUCUUCAGGUCUUCUGUUAUGAGGAUAUUUGUGGGAUAUGAUUGUUCAGAAUCAAAAUAAGAAUAUGAUUGGCCAA